CCCACAGCCUGCUUAGAACACCUCCCCUUUUACCAUCACUGAGGACAAAGGGUGAGGAGCUGGGGUACGGUCACCAGCACGUGGUCUGCAAAAUCAAAUACUGCCUUUCCCUUCAGGUUCUAAAAGAGCGUCAGCUACUGGCCAGAUUCAUCCAGCUGAUAAGAUGCAGGUCAACAGUCUGUCUCAGGACAACAACUGGAAACACAGACACAGCAACGGCAUCAACCCAUGGGAUCAGGCAACCCCCUACCCAGAGUUCAGCCCAUCAGCUGCUCUAGACACCCCCUCUCCAGGGCAUAGAAGACUCUGCCCACUUGCCCACCCUUCUUCGAAUAGCUCAGCCCUCAGUCCCACCCAGCAAGACACACCGGCUCUCCAAACCCAGCGGGAGAACAGCCAUCCCGGUACUGAGGAGUCAGAAGCCCCGGAGGAAAUAGCCCCUCGAGAUAUUAAAUACCGCCUGGAGCCCCUUCCCAAGGCUCCACCCCCGACGCAGCCCCCAGGCUACUUCAGCCAGUACUGCAAGCCUCCGUGGCUCCCCUUCAGCAAAACCUGUGGAGAAUGUUACAAGCCCUGGAGGAAAAAGCCAGAGACUUAUCUUGGGACGAAGUCCUCCCAAUCAGGUGACUACCACAUGAGCACUACUCAUCAGAUUUCCUUCCAGAACCCACUUCUUGGCGAGUCGAUGUUCCCAGUUCAUGUUCAGGGCAGAAAAAUAGCGCCAAUAAUGCGUCCAGGCUACGUGGAGUAUAUCAGCCAACACCAGAGUAACUUCCAAGCCUCGGGGUGGAAUCAAGUGAUCAAAACCCACCCAAACAAAAGCAGCCAGGGGAUCGACAAAUAUAUCCAGGCGGUGCAGAAAGACACUGCCCCUGGCUGGCAGCCCACUAUGCAUCAGCGUCAGAGGCCAAGAUGGCUGAAGCAGGAGAUGACCCUCCUGGGUAGGAAGACCACUGCCAAGUUUGAUGGAGACACAGUAACCAGGAUGCCUUAUCUACCUCCUCCCAAAUCCUUGGUGAACAGAGUCAAGGGUAAGUGCCCCUCUAGCACACUCAGGGCCCUCAAAGCCAAGUUGCAAACUGAAACUGCAGGCAAGCAAUUCUCCCAAGUACACUAUGGAGACCCUCAUCACAGAGGCCGUGAGAAGCUGCCGGGCGUGGGUUUGCCGGCACCAACUGAAGAUCGAACUACCACCGGGACCUCCUACAUGCCCUUGUUUUCUGAAAGGUUGAACCUGUGUAAGCCCAAGGUCAACAGCAUCAAAUGGGAACCGAACACAAUUUCUCUACUGAACAAAGGAAAGCAUUCAGGCCAGUCCAGCUACCUGAAAACCAGCUCUAGAAUCAAUUAUGACAACAACAGGACUCAAAAUUCCCAAAUGUAA